CCGGAGGCAACGCUACCCCGGCAGCCCGGGUCGCCCGGACGAGGUUCCUUCCUGACCGAGGCUCGGACUUCCAAAGACCCACAUAUUGAUGACGUCCAGCUUUAAGUACUAAAGGGUCCGAUAGUCCGUUACUGUCUGGAUUCUUGUUCCAAAGGGGGACCGUCUCUCCCAAACUAAUACACGAAAGGCACAACACGCGGUCAUGAGGUUGCUCUCACUCUCCCUCCUUGGGGCCUUGCUUGCCUACGUGGUCUACACUGCAUACCCUUCUAUCUCCCGGGCAGCCAUUGUGUUCGGAGCACUACGCAAGUAUCCCCAUGGCGCCACCGUUCAGGGCGACGUGAUUGCCAUCCCGGACACCGUCCACUGCGAGGACCUUCAUUACCAUGCCCCCAGCGGGACCCUUUUCACUGCCUGUGAGGACGAUCCCGAGGCAAGGUUCAAGUGGUUCCCUCCGCUGGCCAACUUCGACAACCCGGAGCUGGGCAGCAAGAGCCGGGGCUCUUUGCAUGUGAUCGACCCCAAGACCAUGAAAUCGCAGAGGCUCAAGUUUGAGAACUUUGACGGGCCCUUCGUUACCCACGGCAUCGAUGUGAUUCCGGACCAGGAACGGCCGGACGGGGAGGCCGUGUACAUUUUUGCCAUUAACCAUGUGCCCGAGUCCCAACCAUCCGGUGAAAAGGGGCCGCACGCCCGCUCGCAGCUAGAGCUCUUUCACCACGUUAUUGGGUCGUCAGCUGCUAAGCACAUCCGUUCCAUCUGGCAUCCCCUCAUCAAAACCCCCAACGACGUCUUUGCCCAAAGCGUAACCUCCAUCUACGUCACAAACGACCACAAGCACCGUCACCACGGAUUCAUGCGUACGAUUGAGGAUGUCUACUUCGGCGCAAAGUGGACCGAAGUUGUGCAUAUCCAGCUUGAGUCAUUGGCUGUCGCAGAGGCGGCUGCAGGCGUCACUGGCAAUGUUGCCUUGUCCAACAUACACAAUGCAAACGGUCUCGGGCAUGGCCGGUCAAACCGCGAGAUCCUCAUCGCAAGCUGCUCAAGCGGACUGCUCUAUAUCGGCCAGCUCCCCGAGGAUGGAGCCGGUAACAUCACACUAGUGGACUCUAUCGAGGUCGACCACGUCGCCGACAAUCCUGCUUAUUUUGCCGACCCAUACGCCACCCCUGGCAAUGACAAGAGCGGGUUCCUUGAGACGGGCCUGGCGCGAGCCGUCGAUCUUGCCAAGAACAUGCGCGACCCGGCCGCCAAAGACCCCGUUAUGGUCACCUACAUGAAGCCAAUCUUGUCUGGUGGUUGGGAGAAACGGGUGAUCUUAGAAGAUGAUGGUACUAAGAUCAGGACCGGCAGUGCGGCGGUUCUCGUGGCCAUUGACCCGGCAGAGGGGGGAAGUGCAGGGCCAUCGAGACAGGCAUGGCUGUUCGCAACGGGCUUUAUGUCCAACAACAUCAUCGCAACCAAGGUUGACCUGUAAUCUACCGUACUCGAACAAAUUAACUAUUCUCUAAAAACCUAGCCAUUACCUCUCUUCUCUUAGGUAUCUAUGCCUUUGACAACUCGUGAAUCCGCUCCGUA